ACCCGACCCAGUGUGUGCGGUGGCUGCAUCUGCUGUUUCUCUCCGUGGUGAGCUGUGUUUUUGUCACCCAGCCACUGAUGAUCUGUUUGAUGGCAUUGGGUUUCGCUUGGAAGAGAAAAGACGACAAAGCCUUUUUUACUGAGUCUUUGUGUGAUGCAACCAAGGAUUUACAAUUUGAAUGGGAGCGACUUUCCCAGACCCGCAUCCCCAUUUUCUCAAGCUGUGGCAUUCCCGACUGUGCCAGUGAAUUUGAUAAAGUAUUGGCCAACCGGCAGCAAGCACGCCACCUGCGCUGGGCUCGUCCACCAUCCACAGCCCAGCUCAGAGCGACAAAGGAGAGGAUGAGGAAAGAGAUUCGUGCGCGAGCAGCUCUGAGAGACUUUUUCAUGUACAUCCUCAUGCUGCUUCUGCUUAUGUUUAUGACGUAUGGGAGAUUCUCCCGGGAUGAAUAUACCCUCAAUCAAGCCAUCCGGAAUGAAUUUACAAGAAAUGCUGAGAACUCCUUUAAGGGCCUGAGAAGCACCGAUAGCUGGUGGGAGUGGAGUCUGACCAGGCUUCUGGAUGGGCUGUAUGGGGCUGACGUGCAUGGGGCCCAGCCUGGAGCUCUUGAAGGAAAAUGCUAUCUAACUGGCAUCUCAGUAAUUAAACAGCUAAAUAUUUCUCUGAAUAGUUUAUGCAAGCUUUCCAGCCCAUUUUCAGCCCUUAUCAAAGAUGCUCUUCCUGCCUGUAGCCCCAAAGUUGGAGGGCCUAUAAACCACUACAUGACAGACCCAGAGAAUCAAAAAGUAACCCCGAGUCGUCCCGAGGGCUGCGGGGCGAGGGAGGACUGUGUACUCCCCCUGGGCAGGACAAGGCCUGAAGCCCACGCGAUCCUGACCAACCUCAGGGCCAACCGAUGGAUCAGCCGAGGCACCAGGGCCGUUUCUGUGCACUUCACCCUCUACAACCCUCCAACCCAGCUCCUCACCAGAGUGUCCCUAAGGAUGGAGGUGACUCCCACCGGGCAUCUCCUUCCCUCCUCUCAAGUGGAGUCAGCCAGCGUUUUCCUCAGUGACUCAACCCUGAGGUACCCCCUCGUGUUUACUGAGCUGGUCUUUCUGGUGCUCAACCUGGUUCACCUCUGUUUUCAACUCUACAGUAUGAUUGAGAAAGGCAUCCUCAACUAUUGGCGAAAACCAAGCAACUGGCUGGAGCUCUCUGUGGUUGGACUGGGCCUUGCCUACUACGCAGCCUCCAGUCAUCUUGUUAUUCUUGCUGGGGAUGUUAUCGACCAAUUUCAUAAGGGAUUUUUUCAAGAAUUUGUGGACCUCAGUCUUAUCACAUCGUGGAAUCAGAAGGUACGGUGGCUCCAAGGAAUCCUCUUACUCUUCUUGAUUCUAAAAAGUGUUUAUCUUCUCGGCACUCCAAAGACCAUGGCCUCCUGCUCCUUCAUGCUGCGCCACUCACUCUCCAACGCCAUCAUGCCAGGGCUGGCUGGAGUCCUGAUGGUGGCCAUCCACUCACACCUGUGCAGAUUCCUGCUCUCCUCCCAGGCUCUGCCACUGAGCAUCUUUGCAGAUUCCUCCCACAUGCUGCCAUUUCCUUUACUGGGAAGGAGCAGACGAGAGGCAUUCUCAGGCCUUUCCAAGUCUAACCAGUGGGCCACAGCUUGCUACCAUGGAGCCAUUUUUACCGUAAUGACCACUUUGUGGCUGACGAUGGUAAGUAUAUGUGGGCCAGGGUUUGAAGUAAAGGUUUGUGGAAAAAUCAUCUAAUGUUUCGGUGGCAUUCUCUUUGGUGCAUAUGCGUAUUUCCACUCUGCAACGGAGCCAAGUCUCAUGAUAACAAACCCCUAGCCCACCUGACCUGCUCCUGGCAGGCCCUGGGCACAAUAACGUUGACUCUCCUUAGUUUAGAAUGGCUCCAGCAAGACACCCCCUCCUUCAGGAAGCCUUCCAGCCUGCCUUGCCCAUGCUGAAGCUAAUCUCUUCUCUCCCUCAGAGAUGUGUUUCACACAAGCUUAUGCUGUGGCAGGGACAACUGUGGCCUGUUAUCUCAAUCAUUCUAUCUGAAAAACACCGAAUCAGCCAAACUUUACUGUGAACUAGAGUUCAGUUAUUUGAUCUCUUUUUUUAUAUGCAUGAGUUCUUGGCUGGUGCCUACAUUUCAUUUCAUCAUACUGAGGACUUUGUUGCAAAGAAGUCAGACGUGGAACACAUUGUCUUCUUAUUCAAUAUGUACUCACCUGCCUUACAGGGCCAAGCCCCUGCUCCUUUCAACUCUCCUAACUCCCUGCUCACCACUCAGCCAGCCAUCC